CGUAAACAAAGUUUGAGCCAGGACCCUGAGGCCCACCUGUUACGAUAUUAGAAUCUACUGAUCUGUACUGGAUUACUGAAAAUGGUUUGUCACAACGUCUUGGCGACCACUUCUUCCUGGAAUCACGAACGGUGGCAUAACAAUCGCUCGAUGAGUACAGUAUAGUGCGAUCCCGACAAGAUGCCCAGAGCUUGUCCCGUUUGCGGAUCCCGCAGGUGGAGGAAAUCAGGCGGGAUAGCUACGUGCGAAGAGGGACACGUUUUACAAGGUUUCAGAACGGAGGAAGCUGUGCUAACGGAGAUCGGGCAGCAUCAGUUGCAUCGCCGAAGGUUGAGGCAGACGAAUCCGAAAGAGAGAAAGAGACAGGUUGGGGAGAAAGAUCCUGAUGGUCAUCUUCGAGGGAGAAGCCAAGCAUUAUUUGAGGCUCGAGUUGUUCCAGCUCAUGCUUAGGCAUCAGCUGGCAGCGGUACAAAAAGCCUGGGGCGUGCCGAAAGAGAUCGAGGUGAUCGCUAGGGACCUCUGGAUCCUCACGCUGGAACUCUAUCCCACCCCAGAACCACCUAUUCCUCACGGUGAAGACGACGAGGAACAGAACGGUCAAGCUGGUCCAGGUCCCUCGACAAUGGACAUGGCUGCUCAGAAACAACCCGGAUACCCCUCCCGGUCGGCCUCGCAACCUCUCCCAGCCGUUAGUAAGCGGGGAUCAAGUCGUCCAGCAGUAUCACGAGAAGGAGAAGGAGAAGCGAGGAGGGGAUCACCUGCUGUAGAGCAGAAAAAGAGGGGGAGACCUUUAGGGAGGAAAGAUUCGAAACCACGGAAAAGCAGAGGAUCGGCUCAGAAGGAGACUCAGGAUCCUGCUGUGCCGGAGCCACCUUUAGCCACAAGCGGUGUGAAGAAGAAACGAGGGCGGCCUCCAGGUCAGAAGAACGGGACGAAGAAAAAGGUCAGGAUACGACGGCCCGAUGGCGGGGAUUACGAUAUGGACGCUACCGAGGACGAGGGAGAACCGGGCGAGGACGAUUCAGAAGAGUUUACGGAUGAUGAUCCUGAAGAAUGGACAGAUGACGAAAUCGAUAACGCGAAUGAAAAAGGUGAUGGUGACGGCGAUCAAUAUGCCAUUCCCGGGGAAAGAGACUACGAGGACGAGGACGGUAGAGAGACGGACAAGGACGAAUAUGAAUACGGAGAAUCGGAGAGGGACAUCGAGUCCGACCUUCUCGAGCGCCUGUCUGCUUUCUCGGAUGACGAAUCGGUCACGAGCAAAAAUUCGGUCGAAUCAGUCCUGAUCGAGGGGACUAUUAAGGUGCCUUUUUCGAACGGGAAUAUACACUUGAUGGAUAAGGACAAUAAAGGGAGGUUCAUCUCUACCUCGGGGUUUCCCUAUGGAGUCAAGCGGAGCUCGAAUUUGAAAUGGUCGAGCGGUUCGCAUCUGAAAGGCGUGAACGCGGAGACGGUCGUUCACAUUCUUGUUCUCAGCCUUUGGAUGAUGAGGAUACCUGUUAUGCUGGUUGAUAUCAUGAGAGCAAUGGAUGAUGGAACACUUCCAUAUAUUGAAUUCGGAAGAUCCACCUACGUUCCCGACUCCAUCAAGCCUCAUAUGAGCAUAGACCUGCUGUCUGGAGGUACAUGGUCGAAGCGAUCUCCUUCCGUUUACUUCUUCUGGGAACGGAUGAAACUCCUGGCAGAUGACUUGGACUACGAGAAAGGAAUCAGGAUUCCAGAGUUGAAUGCAGCUCCGGUUCUGUGGCGUCUGGUCACCACGCUGGGCGGCGGACCGGUGAUCUACCUGGUGGCGUAUCAAAUCCUGCAAAUCCUGGACACGUCCUUGACCAUCUCGAGACCGGAGCAUUUUCACAACGGACAGCCAUACGUAAACCCAUCCGCGCCCAACAGCCGAGAUACUACACCUGAAUUGGAUGCCAGUGGAGAUGCCAAUUCGAGCCCUCCUAAAGCGGUCAAUACGGAAGAAGAAGAAAUUGUCGAAGGCAUCACCACGGCGAGCAAAAGGUGGAGGGGUCCUAAACGUCCACAUGGGCAGUCAAGUGCCAUUGAACUUCGACUGGUGGGAGCCGUCUUGAUCGCUUUCAAACUGAUUUACGGUCUUGAUGGGACGCCAAGGGUACCAGUCACGAGGGAUGACCCGGCAAUCGGACUGCCGGUAGCGGAUGAGUGGCUUGCGGAAGUGAGUAAGAAGCUGAAGGCUGGAUGGUUCAAGCGCGGUGCUGUCGAGGCCGUUCCUAUCGACUUUACACGGGCGGAGAACGUCGAUGUUGAUGACUUCCUGGCGAGAGCGGAACACUUCUUGCUCUCAAGCAGGGCAUAUCCAGCACACUUAAGGAACACGAAAAACCUCGCGGAUUUGUUCCCCCUGUACCCGCAAGCGGAUCUAACGCAACCGCACGACAUGACGGAUCACGCCAUUGCCGCCUGGUCAGAAUUUAGCAAGACCUCCGACAAGAUCAAGACGCCUCCCCUACCUGACUUGGACAUUAUUCCUGAGACCGACUGGUCCAACUUACCACUCGGAUCGCGCAUUCGAAUCUACAUCGCCGGCAAGGUUGUGAGGCCGACGAUGGCCGCCAUCAGACUACCUCGAUCCCUGCGCACCGUGAUAGAUGCCACAUCCCACAUAAUCGGUAUUCGUCCCAUCCAUAUCGUGCAACAACUGUCUCAGAUGGAGAGGAAACUAUACUGGGCUCAGAAACCUUGGCAAUCGAAACGGGUCCCGGAGACCGCUCGAUGGGCCAAAUAUCGCGAAGACUGGGAGUUUCAGAGACAACACAUGCGAGGAAUCGUUGAACAGACCCAAUGGGAUGACGAAGACGACGAUUCAGACCUUCAGUCCUGGCACGCAUCCGGUACAGAAUCCGACAGCGACUAGUUGUUCAAGUAGAUGGACUCAGAGCUCUUCUUUCGCAUUUGACUUUAUAAUAUCGUACCCCG